UGAAGCUCUGAUAUGAAAAGAAUCUGAAGUCAUAGAACUGGUUGUGUGAUACGUGUCUUGUCCACCUUUUAACCAUGCAGCUUCCAUCUGAUGAAAUCAUUGUGGCUUCUCUUUUUUAGGAUUUAAUGGAGGUGUAACAGAGCUCCAGAAUUAGCAAGUUGUGCUGCUGAUGGAUCUGCCUUAGUUGUUGCCAACAGUUGAUAACAUUGGAUGAUAGUAGGAGUGAGUCGGACUUGUAAGAUUCAGGUGACGAUAAUGGUGUUGGAAGUGUAGGAAGGGCGGUGAUGACGGGGUAGAUUGGAAACUGACAAUAUCAGGAAAUACACUUCAUCUAAUGCCGCAUCGAAGUUCAGCAGAGCUGGUUCAACUGGAGUUGUUAACAGAAGGAUGCCAAAGAAGAAGCCUAAAAUUAUUGAGAUGCCUUGAAGCUCUCUUUCAAAUAGGCACUGGUUUGGAUUUUCAGUGUAGGUCUAUGGUCGCAGCAACUUGAAAUGGUGGAUUUGAGGAAGACGGUGGUGAAAUCUGGAACUGAGAUCACUGUAUGAAACUGCUGCAGCACCAGAUCCAGAUUGCUUCUAGUUAGUUGCAUUCUUCUUCCUUCCAUAAUUCUAGGGGACAGUUUUAAUUAUUAAUAUGAUUGUUUCGUUAGUAGGCUUGGUCGUCCAUGUUUUUUUCUUGGGUGGGUUUAGCCUAUUUCUGAACCAAAGGAUUUCCGUACAUACCAUCAAGCGAGAAUGCAGGGCUGCCACCAUUGCCGAUAGUCCUCUCUCCGAUCUUUGUUCCUAUUAAAUUAUCAUUCAGACAAUUGAUGCCUCUCGAGUAAACCUUUGAUGCUACCAAAAACAAAAAUUAGGCUCGAGAUCGAGAUGGGAAGCCUGUUCUUAAACCAGAUGAAGAAGCAAGCAUGUUCUUUCCUUCAAGAGAAGUACAAAACUGCAAGGCUGGCUCUCACCGACAUCACCCCAAUCGAAUUGUUGACUGAGGAAGCAACAAACAACGAACCAUGGGGUCCUGAUGCUAAAACCAUGACACAAAUCGCCGUCGCUUCAUUUGGUGUCGAUGCUUAUUGGAGAAUCAUCGACAUUCUUCACAAACGGCUGGAUACGGUAGACUGGAAGCAGUGGAGGCAAUCAUACAAGACACUGGUACUUCUGGAGUUCUUAAUGACCCAUGGCCCCGAGGAACUCGCCUACGAAUUCCAGAACGAUAUCGACAUCAUCGAAGAGCUCGGCACAUUCCAAUUCAUUGACGACAAAGGAUUCGACUGGGGAGCGAACAUGCACAAGAGAUCCGAAAGCAUCCUCAGCCUGCUCCGCGGCGGCGGGACUGCCCUGAGAGCAGCUCGCCUCAAAGCCCUGAAGAUCUCUAAGGAAAUCCAAGGGUUUGGCAGCUCCACUCCUUCUUCCGCCGCCGCCUCCUCCUCUCCGACCUCUCCUGCUGCCACGGCCACCCCGUCCUCCGCCGUCUCCAAUUCCUCCUUCGCCUCCGCGGGCUCCACGUUCGAGGACAUCUGCCGCAUCGAGAACCUUGCCCUCGCCGAGGAUCUAGACCAGCUGAACGACCCCGCAGCAGCUGAAUCACCCACACUUCAUAACGAUCAUGACAACAAUAACAACAGUGAUGAUACUAAUCAUAAUGAUCAUCAACCGGUGAAGACUCUGCGAUUGCGGACCCACCGCUGGGAAUGCGGCUAUCCAGUUCAGGAAAAGGGCUCUCUUUUGGACGUUGGUGAUGAUGAGGUUGAAGAUCGUAAGCCGUCCGAUCAACAAGGGCUUGUUGGCAGGUUUUGCGACAAGAUGAUGACUACUUCUCCCAAGAAGAACAAGGACUACGGUGAGAAGAAUGGUUACCAUAACAACGGCAACGACUUCAGGAGCUUUUCUGAUGUGGGCAAGUUCUUGAAGAAAAGAUACGAGCGCCAAUUUUCUAUGGGGUAUUGAUUAAUAACAUCUACAUGCGUUUUUCAGCCAGGUUAUAUAUGGAUGGAGAAGUUAUGGAAUGUUUUCUGUACAAUGGUAUGAACAUGAUCAGUCACCAGAAGGAGCUCUUAGAUCAGUUGAUUAUAAUGCUAUGGUGAGUAACAUUGUGUUAAGGUUUUGUAUGAGUAAGUAGGAAAUAUAUAUAUAUAGUAGAAGGGCUUUGAAUACUUGUAAUUGAUUUAUGUAUCAUGUGUGACAUUGACAACUAUUGUGUACUGUACAUCUAAGGUCUCCUGCUUCUUUAUUAAGUACUCAUGGCUUCUUUCCUUUUCUUUCUAUGUCACAGUUUUAAUAUAAUGGUGGCAACAAUUCUUUUAAGGUUUAAAAGAGCAACAAUCUUGGACAUAGCGAUAGCGUCUCUAGUAUCCUCUAGUUCAUUUUGUUGUAUCCAGCUCUCUACUCAGUCUGUCCACUGCCAUGCAGAACAACUGCACAGCACUUAAACGUCACGCAACAAAAACAGUGUAAGCCA